AUGUGUGCAAAAUCGUCACCUCACAUUGUGAUGGGGUGUUUUAAAGUCAAUGUUGGGGAGGAUAAAGUGACUGAGGUACUAAGUAAGUAUGUUGAGGUUGCUUCUGUCGAUAUCAGGUGCGAUACCGCAAAUGGAAAGUCCCUUGGUGUUGCUAUAGUUACGUUGAAGAACUCAAAAGACCUUCAAAGCGUUCUGAAAGUGUUGAACGAGACUAAGGACUUGUUUCCACCGGAGAUGAUGAAGGAAAAGACUUUCUUCCAAGAAUGGUCUCCACAACGGGAAACAGAAUUGAUUGUUGAUUAUGGUGAUUUCUCACGUUCUUCUUCCAAAAUUCAAUACUCCUCAUUACUUAAAAUGAAAGUCGUGGUCGUGAGAAAGAUAAGGGAAAAGAUCAUGAUAGGGAUGAUGACAGAGACAGAAAAAGAAGAUCUCGUUCGAAAUCUCACUCCCGUUCAAGGUCUCGGUCUAAAUAUCACCAUGAACAUACCAAAGAUAGGUUUGACAGAAGAGGAAACCGCGACAAAAGAAGUCGUAGCUCAAGCCGAGAAAGAAGAAGACGAAGUAACUCCAGAGAAAGGAGAAGAGAUCGCAGCGAUUCUCGUGGCAGACGUCGAGACACCAAAGACAAAGAGAAGAACUCGAGCCGCCCCAAGAAAUGAUUGA